AAGCCACCAUCUUCUUCUUCCCUCCAACGUGAAAAACCAAAAAAGAAAGUCUGAUCAGCUAGUUGUAAAGUUAAUUCUAUUCUCGCUUUUAAUAGAAGUUCGAAUUAUUCAAUCAUAGUUCAAAGCAAAAGCCAAAGAAGAUGUCGCUGAUUCCAAGCUUCUUCGGUGGCCGACGAAGCAGCGUCUUCGAUCCCUUCUCUCUCGACGUUUGGGACCCCUUCAAGGAUUUUACUUCUCCUUCCUCGCUAAUUUCUGCAAAUCUCCCUGAGUUUUCGAGGGAAAAUUCUGCCUUCGUCAGCACCAGGAUCGAUUGGAAGGAGACCCCAGAAGCCCAUGUGUUCAAGGCGGAUGUUCCAGGUCUCAGGAAGGAAGAAGUGAAGGUGGAGGUUGAAGAUGAUCGGGUGCUCCAGAUCAGCGGAGAGAGGAAUAUGGAGAAGGAGGACAAGAACGAUACUUGGCAUAGGGUUGAGCGAAGCAGCGGGAAGUUCUUGAGGAGGUUUAGGCUUCCGGAGAACGCCAAAUUGGAUCAGAUUAAGGCUGCCAUGGAGAAUGGGGUUUUGACUAUCACUGUUCCUAAAGAGGAGCUCAAGAAGCCCGACGUCAAGUCCAUUGAAAUCUCUGGUUAAAAUUUGUUCGCUUUGAUUGACUGAGAGUGGUCUUUCUGUGUCUAUUGCGAGAGAGUCCUACUAUGAUUGUGUUUUGUAACUGUUUCAUUCUGUUUUUCUGUUUUUUGGUCUUUUUGCGUCAAUGGUGUUUGUGAUAAUGUAAAGUGGUAUUUUGCAAUCAAUUUUAUAUAUUAUAUAUUGGUUUUUUU